AUGGAGACUGAGAAUUCGAUCGAGCGCGCCAUCGCCGCCGCGGAGCGCGACGCCGCUGAGAGCAACCGCGCAUCAACCGCGGCUGCGCAGCGACGCGCGAGCAAGAGCCAGCGGCCUGUUUACGCAAGUGAGAGCAAGAGCCAGUGGGUGGCAUUUGUUGCACAGCUUCCGCACAUCCUGGUGGCCGCUGCGAUCGGGGUCGCCGCCGUGUUGGAACGCCUCUGCUCGACGGUGAGCACGAUGGGCGUCUUGCUGAUGGUGCCCGCGCUCGGCCUCUUCGAGGCGGGCCUGCUCCGCGCCAAGAAUUCGGUCUCCGUGCUGAUCCAGUGCUUUGCUGGCGUUGCCGUCCUCACCGUGCUCUGGUUCGUGAUCGGAUUCUCUCUCUGCUUCUCGCAAGGCAUGUUUGCCGCCAUCACCCCGCUGCUGACGCUCCUCGUCUACUACCCGCUCUGCCACUGGGUGUGGGGCGGCGGCUGGCUGGCCCGGCUCGGCGUGUGCGACUUUGCGGGCGGCAUCGUCAUACACACCUCCGCCGGAGUCGCCUCGCUCGUGACGGCGCUUCGGCUCGGUCCGCGCGUGGGCUUUGCCGGCCUUGCCUCCCACUCGCUCGCUCCUCACAAUUUGCCGAUGGCCGCCACGGGCGCCGGGCUGCUGUGGGUUGGCUGGUUCGCCUUCAACGGGGGCAGCGCGCUCGCGGUGGGCAGCCUCGCGGCGAGCGCACUGCUGUCCACGCACGUCGCCGGCGCGGGCGGCGCGCUGGUGUGGCUCGCCCUCGAUUGGGGCCACGCAGGCCGCCCGACCUUUGUCGGCUGCAUCAACGGCGCCCUCUCAGGGCUCGCCGGCGUGACGCCCGCCUCGGGCUACGUGACGCCCUCGGCGGGGCUCGUGGUCGGGCUGGAGUAUCUCCGCAUUGACGAUGCGCUCGACGUCACCUCGAUCCACGGCGUGACGGGCGUGGUGGGCUCGCUGCUCCUCGGAGUGUACGCCUCGAGCGAGGUCAAUCCGGCUGGCCCGGACGGCUCGCUCGACCAGCUAAGGCUGCAGGCGCUCGGCGUGGCGGUGGCUAUUGCGUGGUCCGGCGCGGGCACGUGGCUCGCUGAGGAGCUGGACGGGCUCGACCGCUCGCAGCACGCAGAGAGUUCGUACCUCGACCUCGCCGCCUUUGUCAAGCACGCAACGCCCACCACCGACGAGCUGUUUGAAGGGGCCAAUCUUGCGCUGGGCGACGUCUCGCCCGCGGCGAAGCGGAGGAGCGGCCAGAGCCUCUCGGCGCGCCUGGCCUCAGAGAUCGCCGAGGCGGCGAUGGUGUGA